CACAACAGCAAACUGGGGAGAGAGAGAGAGCGCGCGCGCGAGAGAGAGAGCGCGAGACCGCUACACCUGAGCCGCGGACACGAGACAGAGAGAGCAGAGGGGCAACAGGCGCGCGACGUGAAAUGAGGGCAACAUGGGGGCUAAAGAGUCGCGGAUAGGCUUCCUUUCGUAUGACGAGGCCGUGAGAAGAGUUACCGAUGUGGAGCUCAAGCGGCUGAAAGAUGCCUUCAAGAGGACCAGCGGUCUGUCCGCCUACAUGACCCAGCAGUGCUUCUACAAGGAGGUGCUGGGAGAUGGCGUUCCACCCAAGGUUGCAGAGGUGAUCUACAACUCCUUUGGAGGCACACCAAAAGGGCUACACUUCAACAACCUCAUCGUCGGCCUGGUGCUGUUGACGAGAGGACGUGACGAGGAAAAAGCCAAAUAUAUCUUCAGCCUGUUCGCCAGCGACUCGGGCAGCUACGUGGUCCGAGAGGAAGUAGAGAGCAGGCUACGUGCUGUGGACGGGGAAGUCCCACCCUCGCUAAGGAAGUGCUUCUUAGAGGGUGAAAAGGUGAAUUAUGAAAAGUUUAAGAACUGGCUUCUUCAAAACAAAGAGGCCUUCACCUUCUCUCGCUGGCUGCUCUCCGGAGGAGUGUGCGUCACCCUGACUGACGACAGCGACACACCCACCUUCUACCAGACACUGGCUGGAGUCACACACUUAGAAGAAUCGGACAUUAUCGAUUUGGAAAAGCGCUACUGGCUCCUGAAAGCUCAGUCAAGAACUGGACGCUUCGACUUAGAAACCUUUGUUCCUCUGGUGUCACCGCCUAUUCAUGCAUCGCUAAGUGAAGGGUUGUUUCAUGCCUUUGAUGAGAAUCGGGACAAUCACAUCGACUUUAAGGAAAUAUCAUGCGGGCUCUCUGCAUGCUGUCGAGGUCCAGUGGCUGAGCGGCAGAAAUUUUGUUUCAAAGUUUUUGACGUUGAUCGGGACGGAGUUCUGUCCCGAAUUGAGAUGCACAAGAUGGUGGUGGCCUUACAGGAAGUGUGGAAGGACAACCGCACUGAUAGUCUCCCCGAACUGGAAUCCAACGUUUCCGAUAUUGUUGAUGAAAUCCUUACGAUACACGACACUACAAAAGAGGGACACCUAACACUAGAGGACUAUCAGAUAUGGAGUGUGAAGAGUGCCCUUGCCAGCGAGUUCCUCAACCUGCUCUUUCAGGUCUGUCACAUAGUCCUGGGGCUCCGGCCUGCGACACCCAAGGAAGAAGGUCAGAUUAUCAGGGGAUGGCUGGAACGAGAGAGCCGACACGGUCUGCAGCCGAGCCAGAACUGGUUCCUUAUCUCCAUUCAGUGGUGGAAUCUGUGGAAAGAUUAUGUGAAAUACGAUAAUAAAUCUAUAGUGGUGGAGCAGCCGAGUACGCUGGGCAUCGGCAGGAGGUCCCCGCAGUCGCCCGAACCGCUACUGAGCAAGACUGGAACAGUAUCGCGAUCUCUGAGCUCUCCAGGAGAGAAAUCCCCGAAAAGCAACUGGGAGGUCUCGGAGAGCACCGCUAACAGUCAGCUGGCUCACGUGAGCUCAUCAGCCACAGACAUCUGCUUUGCUCGGCAGAACAAUGUUUUGGAUAACAAUAACCAGUGUUUCUCCACUGCCAACGGCCACCUACCCAACCAGCUAGCUACGCAGAGGCCAGGUGCCAUCGACAACCAGCCCUUGGUCACCACUGACCCCAUUAAGGCACCUACGUUAACCAUGGAGGGCGGGCGCUUGAAGAGACCGCUGAACCUGAUGGCUGGCCGAGAUUUCGAGACCGUACCAGAGCCAGUGUGGCGGGCACUCUACCACUGGUACGGUGCCAACCUUAGCUUGCCCAGACCGGUGAUCAAGUCAGUUGUCACAGAGCUGUCAGAGUUGGAGCUCCUCCCUCGUUAUCUGCUCUUCCUUCGGCAGCAACCGGCCACCCGCACCCCCCAGUCCAACAUCUGGGUUAACAUGGGUAUGAGCAGCCUGCGAAUGUUCCCUCCACACUUUUCCCGAGGUAACAUGCCAUCACCGAACGCCCCACUGAAGCGUGUGCUGGCGUACACGGGUUGUUUCAGCAGGAUGAGCACCAUUAAGGACAUCCACGAGUACCUGUCACAGAGGCUACGCAUCAAAGAAGAAGACAUGCGUCUCUGGCUCUACAACGGCGAGAAUUACCUCACCCUCCUUGAUGACGAGGAUCACACUUUAGAGAGUUUGAAAAUAGAAGACGAGCAGCACUUAGUGAUUGAGGUUCGAAACAAAGAUAUGAGCUGGCCAGAGGAGAUGUCCUUUAUCGCCAACAGCAGCAAAAUGGACAGACACAAAGUUCCUACAGAGAAAGGUGCUACAGGUCUGAGUAACCUGGGGAAUACAUGCUUUAUGAACUCUAGUAUUCAGUGUGUGAGCAACACCAAACCUCUCACCGAUUACUUCAUCUCAGGGAGACACCUCUAUGAGUUGAACAGAACCAAUCCCAUAGGAAUGCGAGGCCAUAUGGCCAAAUGCUAUGGAGAUUUAGUGCAAGAACUCUGGAGCGGAACACAAAAAAACGUCGCGCCGCUGAAGCUCCGGUGGACGAUAGCAAAGUACGCGCCGAGAUUCAACGGCUUUCAGCAGCAGGACUCUCAAGAGCUGCUGGCGUUUUUGUUGGACGGGCUCCAUGAGGACCUGAACCGGGUGCACGAAAAGCCUUACGUGGAGCUGAAGGACAGUGACGGACGGCCGGACGCGGAAGUGGCCACCGAGGCCUGGGACAACCACUUAAGAAGAAACCGCUCAAUUGUGGUGGACCUGUUCCAUGGCCAGCUCAAGUCCCAAGUCAAGUGCAAAACGUGCGGCCACAUCAGCGCUCGCUUUGACCCCUUCAACUUCCUGUCUCUGCCUCUCCCAAUGGACAGCUCCAUGCACUUGGAGAUCACAGUCAUUAAACUGGACGGGUCCACCCCGGUGCGCUAUGGUCUCCGUUUAAACAUGGAUGAGAAGUAUACAGGACUGAAGAAGCAGCUGAGUGAACUGUGCAGCCUAAAGCCAGAGCAGAUCCUCCUGGCUGAGGUCCAUUCCUCUAACAUCAAGAACUUUCCUCAAGACAACCAGAAAGUGCGUCUGUCUGUAAAUGGCUUCCUGUGUGCAUUUGAGAUUCCUGUGCCUGGUUCUCCCACCUCUAUCACUUUUCCAGCACCAGCAGGCAAUACAUUGAUAGGAAAUGGCAUCGCUCGCAACGGCCACGCUGAGAAUCCCGUUCCCAAUGGCACAGUUGGCACCCCUGUCCGCAGCGGAUCCGACAUGAGCUUGGCUAAUGGCUCACCAAGCACAGUGGUGCCCUCUGGCUCAGAAAAGUGUCUUGCCAACGGCAUCCCCAAUGGUCAUGCCACCCCGGUUCAGGACAGCCCUUUCACUGGCUACAUCAUCGCCAUGCACAGAAAGAUGAUGCGGACAGAGCUGUACUUCCUGUCUUCUCAGAAGAACCGGCCCAGUUUGUUCGGGAUGCCGCUCAUCGUGCCCUGCACUGUGCAUACCAGUAAGAAGGAUCUGUAUGAUGCCGUGUGGAUUCAGGUGUCCCGUCUAGCCAGCCCCCUCCCCCCUCAGGAGGCUAGCAACCAUGCCCAAGAUUGUGAUGACAGCCUGGGUUACCAGUACCCUUUCACCCUGCGGGCAGUGCAAAAGGAUGGAAAUUCCUGCGCCUGGUGCCCUUGGUACAGGUUCUGCAGAGGUUGUACAGUGGAAUGUAAUGAGGACAGGGCAUCACUGGGAAAUGCUUACAUCGCUGUAGACUGGGACCCCACAGCCCUGCACCUCCGUUAUCAAACUUCCCAAGAAAGGAUAGUGGAGGAGCACACCAGUGUGGAACAGAGUCGACGUGCCCAAGCCGAGCCCAUCAGUCUGGACAGCUGUCUGAAGGCCUUCACUAGUGAAGAGGAGUUAGGUGAAGACGAGCUCUACUAUUGCUCCAAGUGCAAAACCCACUGUCUGGCAACCAAGAAGUUGGACCUCUGGAGGCUGCCUCCCAUACUGAUUGUUCAUCUAAAACGCUUCCAGUUUGUGAAUGGACGCUGGAUCAAGUCCCAGAAGAUAGUGAAGUUCCCACGUGAGAGCUUCAACCCCAGUGCGUUUUUGGCUCCACGUGAAGCUCAGAGCACAUGGAGUCUACAGAGCCAGAGCGACUGUCUGGUGGAGGAGCUCCAGAAACUCGCCGGUGGAGAUUCCUCAGUGUCUUCCAUCGCCACCACUUCUGUCGUCAGCCCUCCCAUAUCUGGCAAAGGCACCCCGAGUUCAAUUAGGAGGGUGGGCAGUCCACUAAGCAGAAACAACAGCCCCAGUAACAGCCCUAAAAGCUCUAGUCGGAGACAGGGCCGUCUGCGUCUGCCUCAGCUCGGCAGUCGACACCGACUCUCCAACAGCAAAGAGAAUCUGGAGAGCAGUAAGGAGAGUGGGCUAGAACCAGAGCCGAGCGUGAUAACAGAGGUGGAGCCUCAGGUGGCAGGAGCCACUUCAGAGCCCAAUACACAAGACUCUUCCUGGACAUUGGUUUCCUCCAGCGCUGACUCUGAUGUCGCCAUGGUGGACGGCAUGAGCCAGGAUAACGGGCAAAUCAACGGGCACUCGGACGCCAGCACAGAGCUAGACAGCAGCUCUCACCGAAGGGACGAAGUCUGUCUUGAACCAAUAUACAAUUUAUAUGCAAUUUCGUGCCAUUCAGGAAUCAUGGGAGGGGGGCACUAUGUGACCUAUGCGAAAAACCCCAAUGACAAAUGGUACUGUUACAACGACAGCAGCUGCAAGGAGGUUCACUCAGAAGAGAUUGACACGGAUUCAGCAUACAUUCUCUUUUAUGAACAGCAAGGAGUGGACUAUUCUCAGUUUCUGCCUCUGACUGACGGCAAGAAAAUGGCAGACACUACAAGCAUGGACGAGGACUUUGAGUCCGACUACAAAAAGUACUGUGUGCUCCAGUGAUCCCAUGCUCUUCCACGUUUAAAGCACUUAAUAAGUCCGUAAUUGUCCACGAAGUCACUGCAGCCGAGUGAAGCUGCACAACUGAUUCCAUGGGGCCGCCCUUACCGGAGCACAAAAAAAAAUCUCGAGACUGAGGAAUUUCAACUUUUGCUGCUGCCCCCAUGUUUGAGAGUCACGUACAUACUGGUGUCCUAGCCAUCAAAUGGCCGAAAGAGUUUGAAAGUAAAAUAAAUCAGUAAGAAAGACCCGUGUAGCUUGUGAAUAUUGCCAACUGAUCAAAUGACUCCUGGACCAAAAAAGAAAAAAAGAUUUCUUUAACAUUAUCGUGAUUAAUGGGAACUCGGUCCAAACCUGCAGCAUCUCAUAGCUAUGGGAAACCAUAUUUAUGUAUUUCUUCAGGAGGAAGAGUGCACACAUCUUCCAUAAACUUGUGUUUUGUAUUUUUAUAUUUAUAUGAUAGAAUCAUAGUACUUUUUUUUUUUUUUGGCCAAGCACAUUAAAACAGUCCCAACUUUAUCUAUGAGUUCUACCGGAGCGAGAAAAAGAGUUUCUACUGGGCAAGUGCAAUGUUCAGUUCUGUCUUAGCAGAGUCUUAGCAGACUUUUUGUUCCUCAGCAGAUCCUAUACACUACCUCCCUUUGUUGCAGUUUAUUGGCUGAUUGUUAAUAGAAAGACUGCAAGACAGUAUUACACUUUACAAAGCUCACUAAAAUGUGCUGGUUUUCAAUACCGUAAAAAAAAAAAAGGGAAAACAACAAAACUGCAAUUCAGUGAGCAACACCCCAAAAAAAACAUUGAUUAUGCUGUUGCUAUAGUUUGAUUUAUGUUUUAAGUUUAGUUAUGUUUUCACAUAUUGUGCCAAUGUCUUUCAGAAAGCCAGUGUAUGUCUUAGGCAGGUUUUAAAUUGACAUAAUUUUAUUAUGUUUUUUUUUUCUUCUUUUUUUCAAGAUAUUUAUUUUAACACCAUGGAUCCGUUCACUUUAUCCAAACAUGGGCUCGUUAUUGGGCAGCCAAUCACCAGUCCCUCCUCAUAACACGUUCAUCACAUAACAUGACUUCAUCGCAAGUCCUCGAACAUUCUUUCUGUCGUCAUUUUAUUUGUUAUUUCUCAUUAACUAAAUUAUCAGUAGAGUAAAAUGGUAGCCAAAGCAUGCAUAUCUGAUCAGUGUCGUCUCGCUUCAGAUUCUCAAGCCAAAGCCUUUUAACAGAACAGGUGCGAUGUUGCUGUGUAGAAAGCACGCUUUUGUGGCUUCUCUGAAAGAACGCCUUGACCUCAUGAAAGCCGCGUGCUAAAACUAAGCGACGUCCGUAUGACCUGCUUGAUGUCGUGUGUCUUAAUGCCAGGAUAGUAGCAACUCUUUAAUAAAUAAAUAGAGUCGUUUAAAACACUGUGAACGGAUAUGAUACAGUGAGGAAGAGAGUCAUUUUUCCCCUUCCAUGGUUUCUAAACAGUGCAACUAAGUUCCUUUAUUGGGAAAGACCUACGUGUUCUGUGCCGUUUUUUUGCUGCUCUAUUUUUUACUUUUUUUUUUUUUUCCGCUUAUUACGAAUAUUUAUGUACUUUAGCCAGCAAGGAAAGGUUUUCAAAAAAUUGAAAAUGGUUAUUUAUUGGUCAUUCGAUAUCACUGCGAUGUUGAAAUCAUCCGAGCAAUGUUUAAACUCGCUUCAAACUGCAAGUCACGUUUCUUCGGUAAGAACGAUCAAGGAAAAUGUCUGAUUUGAUUUAAAGUAGAAAUCACCGCUCUCCAUUUCAAGCCUUUUUAUUUGGAACUGAGUGACUUCCUUGUUCAUUUUAGUGAAACUGGACUCUUCCUCUAAUAGAUUAUUAGUCUUUUGAGGCUGCACAUUUUAUUUCUUUUUUUCUUUUCUUUUUUUUCCUUUGGAUACAGGGAUAAUUUAUUAAUAUUCCAAAAAAACACGAUUGAUUGGCAAAGUAGUGCGAUCAACUACUGAUAUCUUGAUUUUGUUAAUCAUCAGAGAUGUGUUCAUUUGGUGAGCUUUAUUUUGUACAGUGUUUAAAGAAUACAAUGACAUUGCACUGACAUCAAAUGUACAGACUUUUUGUAAAUAUGCCUACAGAAAUGAACUGUAAAAAAAAAUGUAGUUGUAUAUGAAGUGAUACUGUUGAUCUGUAAUGAUUCUUUGAACAACUGAUUAAAUUCAGCCCAUGCAAAUU